CAGAAAGCAAGCGAGCCCGGGCCGGCGCAGGGCCUUGUGGGAGGGCUUAAGGAAGUAAAAUGGCGGACCUGGCGAACGAAGGUGCACGACGACAGGCGCGCUGUUUCCCUGCCUGGUCCUGAUUCCCUCCCUAUACCAUGCUCCCAGCUAUCAAAGGGUAUCCUGAGGUUUCCAUACUGAACUGCACGAAUGCAUGAAUGAUAAUAAUAAAUGCUCACCCUGGUGGAGCAUUGGGAUGGUACCAGAAAAGCCUGCCAUUGCUCCACCCGUCUUUGUGUUUCAGAAGGAUAAAGGACAAAAGUCUUCUGCAGAGCAAAAAGACUUGUCGGAUUCGGGAGAGGAACCUCAGGGGGAGGCUGAGGCCCCCCACCAUGGCACAGGUCACCCCAAGUCAGCUGGUGAGCAUGCCCUAGAGCCUCCUGCCCCUGCUAGUGCUUCAGCCAGCGCUCCUGAAGCCCAGCUUCCUCCUUUUCCACGAGAACUGGCAGGGAGGUCAGCUGGAGGCUCCAGCCCCGAAGGUGGAGAAGAUUCUGACCGAGAAGAUGGAAAUUACUGCCCUCCUGUCAAGCGAGAAAGGACGUCCUCUUUAACCCAAUUCCCACCUUCACAGUCAGUAUCAAAAAACAAUGUUUUUAUGCCAUCAACCUUCUGCGAGCCAUCUGCAGGCAAUUCUGACUCAGAACCAGAGGAAAAGAGCAGUGGUUUCCGGUUGAAGCCGCCAACACUGAUCCACGGCCAGGCACCCAGUGCAGGUCUGCCGAGCCAGAAGCCCAAGGAGCAGCAGCGGAGCGUGCUUCGCCCCGCAGUGUUACAAGCCCCGCAGCCAAAGGCACUUUCACCCACCGGUAAGAAAUGCAGCCCUGGCGCCCGGCCUCGCAUUGAGAAAGAGCCCCAGAAAAAUGAGUCCAGCAACGCCUCUGAGGAAGACAGCCGCGAGAAGAAAGAGCAGGUCGCACAGCAAGCAUUUGUGUUCGGGCAGAACUUGAGGGACAGAGUCAAGUUAAUAAAUGAGAACACUGAAGCAGCCGACAUGGAGAAUGCCGGACACCCCAGUUCAGAAACGCCAACCGCAACCAACUAUUUCCUUCAGUAUAUCAGCUCCAGCUUAGAGAACUCGACCAACAAUGCCGACGCCACCAGCAACAAAUUCGUAUUUGGCCAGAACAUGAGUGAGCGCGUGUUGAGCCCCCCCAAAUUAAAUGAGGUCACUUCAGAUGCCAACAGGGAAAACUCUGCGGCUGAGUCUGGGUCCGAGUCCUCAUCCCAGGAGGCCACCCCCGAGAAAGCUAAUAACAUUGCAGAGUCCCUGGCCGAAUCGGCAGCUGCCUACACCAAGGCAACAGCACGGAAGUGUUUGUUGGAAAAAGUGGAAGUCAUCACCGGGGAGGAGGCGGAGAGCAACGUGUUACAGAUCCAGUGUAAGCUGUUUGUCUUUGACAAGACCUCGCAGUCGUGGGUGGAGAGAGGCCGGGGGCUGCUCAGACUCAACGACAUGGCAUCAACUGACGACGGGACAUUACAGUCCCGACUAGUGAUGCGGACCCAAGGCAGCCUGAGACUGAUCCUCAACACCAAGCUGUGGGCCCAAAUGCAGAUCGACAAGGCCAGUGAGAAGAGCAUCCGCAUCACGGCCAUGGACACCGAGGACCAGGGCGUGAAGGUCUUCCUGAUAUCGGCCAGCUCCAAGGACACAGGCCAGCUGUAUGCGGCCCUGCACCACCGCAUUCUGGCGCUGCGCAGCCGCGUGGAGCAGGAGCAAGAGGCCAAGAUGCCCGCCCCCGAGCCUGGGGUGGCCCCAUCCAAUGAGGACUACAGUGACGACGACGACGAUGUCCUGGCUCCAUCGGGGACCACUGGAGGCGGCGCUGGCGAAGAAGGGGACGGGCAGACGGCCGGGAGCACAUAGCGCCGGGAGCCGGCUGCCCUCGAGCCUGCUGCUUUGUCCGUCUGUCCACCCGCCCACCCGCCCCUCCCCAGCAGCGUCGAGGGGCUCGGGAACCACACUCCCUGCUGGGUUGGCCACAGUCCGGAUCUGCACGGCCCGUUCAGAAGCAGACUUGGGAACUGCCUGAAUGUGGUUUGGGACACGAGACCUCAUCAUAUUGAUGAGCAAAACAAAAAGAACAUUUCUUUCCUCUCCCCUUUGAAUUGAAAUGGCACAUUAAGACUUGUCACGGCUUCUCACUGGGACUGGGACGCCUGGUUUCUUCACCCCUCCCUUCUCGUGUCGCCGGCCUCCCCCACUGCCGCCACCACCCCCAUGGGUUCCCGCCGCCUGCCCAGGCCACCAGGUCUGUCCCUAUGAGUAUAAACACUGGGCCUGCUGGA